AUGUCGUCCAUGGAUAGCUACGAUGACCCUGUUGCGGUCGACAGCGACGUUGAUGUCGAGAUGAUUGAUCGUGAUGAUAUCAGCAACUACAACCCUGAGCAGAUACUCCCAGAGUCCCCGGAAAACAUACAAAAGAUCCGUUCCUGGCUGGAUCCGACCUCGUACGGCAAUGUUGGCGGCGAGUUUCGCAAGCAUCAAGCUGCACACGUAGCUGGCACAGGUGUCUGGCUCACUUCGAGCAGCGCAUAUAAGGAAUGGCUACAAGGCGAAGAGCAUGGGCUGCUUUGGAUCAAGGGCAUUCCAGGAUCCGGAAAGUCGGUAAUGGCGGCCAAUCUUGUCAACGAGAUAGCCGCUUCCAACCCCGGAUGUCCAGUUCUGUUCUUCUUCUUCCGCCAAAUCAUCGAUGCCAACCAUGAGCCCAAAGCUCUACUGAGGGAUUGGUUGGAACAGGUGUUGGACUACAGUCCUCCCCUUCAGAAGAAAAUAAAGACUUACUUGCGCCGGACCAUUGAAUCGAUUUCAAUGGAGGACAUGUGGAAAGAUCUCAAGAUGGCGUUGGAAAAUCUUCCUGGAAAGGCUUUUUGCAUCGCUGAUGCACUUGAUGAGAUGGAUCAAGGAAACAACGACUUUCUUUCCGCCCUGGGAGACCUCGGAUCGUGGCGACCAAAGACAAUUAAGGUGCUGAUCACCAGCCGCCCAGUGCCAACUGUCGAAGAUCCUCUCAGGCUGACUCCAUGUCUUCAUCUUCGGCUAGAGGAGAAGAUGGUCGACGCAGACAUAUCGAAAUAUGUCCAGUACACGCUGUCCAACUCUGUUAUCCCCCAAAGCGAAUGGGAGGUCAUCAUGAAUGCCGUCCCUGGUCGUGCCAACGGCUUGUUUCUCUACGCUAAGCUGGCGAUGGAUGCAUUUCUGGAACAGGGUGCUGAUAUCACCGAAGUGAUUUCACGGCUUCCCGAAGACUUGAACGUCCUGUACACGGACUUGCUGAAAGAGCAUGCCCGUAGAUCUGGUAUAGCCGAGGAAAUCCAGCACUUGAUAUUGCAAGUAGUUACUCACGCUAGCCGACCUCUGCGAUUACUCGAGCUUGCUGAAUUGAUCAGGGUCAUAAGCCCUGAUGGCUCUACACGAGAUCUGAAAACAACAAAGAGCCUAAUCCGAGCUGCCUGUGGGCCACUCUUGGAGAUCUUGGCGGAUGAGACAGUCUCAGUGAUUCACCAUUCCUUCACUGAAUACCUCAAGGGCACGACGAGGUCUGAAGACUACCUUGGAUACCCCAUUCUACGCAGGGGCCCAACCCAUGCCGCACUUGCUGCAAGUUGUUUACAAUACCUGCAGGCUGGCUGCCUGGAGUCGGUCUCCCUGGAUCAACCCCAACGGUACUCACGCUGGCAACACGAGGAAUCAGAUCAACCUGUGGGCCUAGAAUCGAGGCUGAAGCAUCCGUUCUUUGAGUACGCCAUCAACAACUGGGCCCAUCAUGCCAAUAGAUCUGAGGCUGCUGGACAUGACCAAACCACGCUCAACGUGGAGAUUAGCAAGUUGCUGAGUGAUGACGACAGCCGGAGACGAUGGCUUCGGAUGGAAGCACCUGGCUACGAGUCCUUGACACCGCUCCAUGUUGCGGCCAAGGAAGGGCUGGUCUCAUAUGCAAAGGAAUUGCUCAAAACCUCCGAGGUAGACACACUCAGCCGAUAUGGCCAAACACCGCUUUGGAUGGCAGCUGCAAACGGGCAUGCAGAUAUCAUUCGUGUCUUGGCUGCUGCUGGGGCAGACCUCUAUCCCCAAAGACCUGAUGAGGGGGAGAAGCCACUUGUCGAAGCAGCAUCAAAAAACCACUUUGAGGCCGUGAGGGCAUUUCUGGAGGCGGGAGGUGACCCCAUUCCACGGACGGAACCACCGGACGACGACUACUCGGGCUUUUGGUACACUCCUACUCAAGACACAGCACUUGAGUGUGCUUGUAACAACGGGCAUCUGGAGACAGUCGAAGUGUUUCUUUCGUUUAUCGAAGAGAUCGACACUGUUCAUCGUGCUUUGGCUUGGGCUGCAGAGGGCGGCAGAUGGAAAGUGGUUGCCAGAAUUCUCCAAGUUCCUGGGGUUGAUGUUAACAACACGCUCGAGGGCAACACACCGAUGUUCCACGCUUGUUCAUGGCCUCAGGAUCUCAAGACUAUCAGAGUUCUUCUAGAGGCGGGAGCAGACCCAAACGCCAAGUGCAAAGGAACUGGAGCUGACUAUACUGAGUCGACGUUGAACGCACCGACGCCUACGUUCAACUGCUUACAUAAAAUUUGCCGCUGGGCAACCAAUUUGGAUGAUUACACGGCACAAGGUGAUCCUGAGGUUUUGCCGACCCUUUUCUCGCUCCUGGUUGAAGCGGGUAUUGACGUUCAUCAACUUACGGCAACGGGGAAGACUUUACUUCAUCGCACAGCUAAAUCGGCUCUCAUGACCCGGUUACUUCUUGAUGCUGGAGUUGAUGCCAACAUUGCCGAUAACAAUGGUUGUACGCCACUACAUGUUGUGGAAAACCCGGAUGUCAUGAGACUUCUCGUCGAAAAUGGCCACGCCAAUAUCGAGGCUAGAACGAGAUCUGGACAAACCCCUCUUCUGUACAUGCUAGACAGGUCUCAUAGUUCAAGCAUCUUUUAUGAAUUCGGUGAUGCCGGCAAAAAUACUCCAACCCUCGACCAACUUCUGGAAUACAAACCCGACUGCAAGACUGUUGACCACAAGGGUAACGGCGCGUUGCACCUUGCACUACAGCAACAGCGGUUCAACCGUGACAGGAUCAGGGCUCUUCUGGCAGCAGGCGCUGACCCAAACCUCCAGAAUCGGGAAGGCUUGGCUCCUUUAGCUUACCUGGACGACUUCAAGUCAGGCGUCUCAGAGCUGUUCGAUCUUCUCGUUGACGCCGGCGCUGACAUCGACGCCGUUGACCGAAACGGGGCGACUCACCUAUUUCGCCUGUUUUCAGAUGAUGAUAGGAUGAGCACAGAGCGGUUUGAUCAGACAAUCCAACAUCUUGUUGAUCGAGGCGCUUCUAUUUUCGCCAGUGAUCGAAAGGGCCGAACGCUGCUCCAUCAAGUCAUUAAACAUCAUGAUGUCGAGGAUUGCGAACAGUCAGAGAGUGAUAUGUUGACACGCCUCGACUCCUUGAUCAGCCGUGGCCUUAAUCUCAAGGCUGUUGACAAUUACGGAAACGGUCUUCUUCAUGAGCUUGCUCUGCGUGAGGAAAAUUCGGAUACUGAGUGGCGUACGAGAAUGAUGUUUUUGUGGGAACAACUCAUCGAACGAGGCCUGGACGUGGUGGCCAAGAACCAUGCUGGACGUACGCCGCUGCACAUCCUGUGUGCCCCUGGUGCCGAUCGCAAGAAUGAUGACUUUGACCCACGGAGCUUCAUGCCCAUUGACUAUGUGAUCUCGCGGAUGAAGAAAGUCGACUGCGCAGACCUCGAUGGCAUUACCCCCUUACACAUUGCAGCGACAGGCGACGAGUUCUCCGCCAACAGACUUCUGGAUGCCGGUGCUGACCCCAAGUUGGCUACUUAUGAAGGCAUGACUCCUCUUCACAUUGCGGCACGCUGCAGAGAGAGCAACAUGGUCGGUCGUCUGCUCGACGCGCUUCGAAAAAGAUACGGCACGACCAACCCUGUGACAGGUGUCAACACCCAAACGUUUGACAGAGAAGAGAUCACACCGCUCUUCUACGCUUGCCAGUCGGGGAGACCAGAAACAGUGGCCCUUUUGCUUGAGGCUGGUGCCGAUGUCAAAAUUGGAAAGCCCUUUGAAGGCUGCAUUGGCUUUGAGAGUGAGGAUCAACUGUGGAAGGACCCUCACCCGUCGACAGAUGCCCCUGAGAAUGGAAAAGGUGUCUCGGCUGUGAAAAUCCAGGAUACAUCUCGUCGAGUGCCAAAUAUCCAUGGAUUAAACGGGUUGACUGAACAAAGCGCGACUAGGCUUGAGGAGAUUCUUGACAUGCUCAUCACCCAUGGCGCCGAGGUCUAUCGAAUCGAUGGCUUUGAUGAUGGCAGCUUCUCCAUCGGGCAAGCUAUCCGAAGGGAGGAACAUUAUCUUGCUGAGUGCCUGAAGGAGGUGCUGAUCAAGCAUGGAAAGCUAAAGGAGCCUCAUCAUGAACACUACCUUUCAGACUGGACCAAGGUCUUGCGACCAGUGACAAAUGAAGCCUCAAUCGGCAUCAUGAAGGACCUGAGGGUUCUAGAAGCAGGCCAAAGCAAUUUCGAGCUCGUGUCUUUCCUCCUGGCUCGAAGAAAGUACUUUCUCGUGGAAAAGCUUGCUCAUAUGGGAGCUGUGUUCCUCCCGAAUCGCGACAAGGACUGGGGCUUAAGAUCUAACCUGUCGACUCUCAUCCGCUACGGAUUUUCCCGCCUCGUCGACAAGAUUGGCACUUUCGAGGCAGAAUCGAAGUUGGAAAAGGGAGAUUGGCAUGCAUUUGGAGACAAGACACGGCCUGGUCUUUGGAAUGCAGGGGGAGGCUUCUUUGCAUCUGAGAAAAAUCAUGACUCCUUGGAACCCUUCAUCAUGGAGGCUGUCCGAAGACACCUCCCUAACAUGGACGUGGUUCGGUUGUUGGUUGAACAGUUUGGAGUCGAUGUUAAUGAAAUGUCGUACCCUCCCGUCUCGGCAAGGGAUGUUGAAAAGUCCUCGGCCCUCCAUCUUGUCGCCUUUGGCCGAGCAUGGUGGCAUGUUCACCAAGUUUUACCAUACUUGCUCAAAGCAGGUGCUGAUAUCAACAUUCGCAACUCGAACGGGCAGACUCCGCUCCUCAUAUCUCUCGGAGGAAUUGACUCCCGCUACCUCUAUGGGCCAUACUGCAUGGAUGCGACCAAGGUGCUGAUUGAAGCUGGCGCGGAUGUCAACGCAUCCGAUGAUAAGGGAACCAGCUGCCUCGCCCUAGCCCACCAGGAUAUAGACCUAAUCAGGCUCCUCAAGUCUCACGGCGCAACUGUAACAGCGGAUGUUCUGUUUGCUGCUAUCCUGGAUGGAAACCUUGAAGGCCUGGAGGAGUUCCUUUCAGGGAAAGUUGAUGCAAACAUGCGCCGGCCCAAGAAGCCAGAUGAGAAACAAGAACGACUAAGUCAGAAUCAUCAUGCUAGCUGGACAUCAAUAGUAACGGAGGAGCAUGAAGUGUACCCUCUCAUGCGUUGCCCAAGGGAGUUGGGCAACAAGUGGAUUGGGCAGCAUGGCCUCGCAGGUCAACAAAGAGCCGAUGAGGCGUUUCGGAUGAUGCAACAUCUACUGGAUCAUGGAGCAAACCCACUUGCAGGGUUCCGGCAAGUGGAAAAGAGCUCCGAAGGCUCUGAUGUCAAGUACUAUGUCGAAGUGACGGUCCUGCAUCACAUUCUGCGAAAUGGAUUGCUGGUUGGACCGAUGCUCAGUGUUCCGGGCUUGGAUGUCAACUGCCGAGACAGCAAAGGUCGUACUCUACUCCAUGCGGCGUGCGAGGGUCGUGAGGGGGCCGACUACGGCGUGGUAUCCCGCCAGGAGGAUCAAUAUCGAACCGACGACGCAACCAUCUUCAAGAAGCUCCUUUCCCUUGGUGCCGAUAUCGAAGCCCGGGAUGACUUUGGUCGGAACGUCCUACAUCACAUGAUCCACGAUCACGAUGAACCGAAAAGGUUUGACCAGUUCCGAGAUUCGCUUGCCUAUGUUCUAGAAAAAGCCUCAAAUCUCAUGGACCAGGCAGAUGGCGACGGUUGGACGCCGCUGUACUAUGCAAUCCGCCAGGGAGGUCGCAGAAAGGAUGUUCGUGCAGCGAGGGCUCUAUUGUCAGCAGGAGCCGAUCCUUCGGUGGUUGCAGCAAACGGCGAGAACCUUCUUCACGUCCUUGCUCCGUAUCUUGAGGUUGAUGAGAUGCUCGACUUGUUUGAGGAGUUGGUGGGAAGGGGUUUGGAUGUGAACAAGCGAAACAACAUGGGAGACACACCCUUGUUUGCAUUCUACGGCCGUGCGGAUAGCAAAGAGUUGUUCUUUCAAGACAAAAGAAGAAGGUAUUCUCAGAGUGACGAUGGGAUGAGGUCUCCUCAGUCGCCCGCCUACUCACCUCCCUACUCCCCCGCCUCACCUGCACCGCUCGCAUCGCCUGCCUCCCCUAGGUCGCCUCGGUCGCCCUCGUCACCGGCGUACUCCCCCAUCUUGGAGAGGAAACCGCAACAAUUCGGGAUGACUAGAGAAAGAAAAGCAGUCCAAAUGCUGAGGAGGGUGGGUGCCGACUUCUUUGCUAGGGACGCCAAGGGUCGAGGACUUCUGCACGUUGUCGCGAGCAGAAGCGUUAGAACCUUUAGCGACUUGAUGGAACUGGGCCUGGAUACGAUGCUGGAGGAUGAUGCCCAGCAGACCCCUCUUGACGUAGCGGCUGCUUUUGAGAAUGAGAGUGUGCUGCAGCUGUUUGAGAAGGAUAAGAAGGACGGUGUGAGGGAGGCCAAGAUUGCUCGUUCUCCGUUACCGGUGCCGGCCUAUCCUGAGUAUGACGAGAUGUAG